AUGUGGCUAUCGAAAAAAAAACGUCAUUUAUCAAGAUUACUUUAUCUCAAAAAGGUAGGCGGUACAAAAUAAAAAAUCGAUUACCAUAAUCUUCAGAAUUAUUCAAUAUUUCAGCGUUUUCAAAAAACGAAUCGAAUUAUGAAACGAUCGGCGCCAUGGGGAGACAAUAAUAAGAGAGCACGAAAGAUUCGAAGAUUGGAAAAUGUCCUAAAUCCAUUCAAUGAACGAGGAGAAUUGCGAGAAGUAGAAGGAAUGUUUAGCAUUGGAACAACCUAUCAGCGAAUAUACCGACAAAUCAGAAAUAUCUUAUUCGCCAAGUCGGUAUGA